GUGGGCCUAGUGGCGGCUCCAGCGAUGUUUCUCUCGCGUGUCGCCGAGAUCCAGGCUCUGACUGUCUGCGUCUAACCAGCCACUGGGGCUCGAUGCUGCUGCCCGGCUUCCUGUGUUGUUGCCAAAGUGCCAGCGUUUGUGGUCGUGGGACGCUUCGCUCCCCACUGCGUCCAAGCCUUUAGCGCAGACUCUUGGUCUGAGUCUUUUGUCUUUGCUUGUGUUAUGUUCUGUCGCCCUGAAUCUAACACUGAGCUUUCACUGCUUUGUUUCUGUCAGAAUCUCUCUUACUGACCCGAGGUUUGUGUUUUGUGUGUUUCUGCACUGAGUGCGGGUUCAUUUGUGCGUUCUGCUGGCUAACUCCAAGUUACCCCAUCCCUGCUUGUGUGUGUCUGUCCCGCUGUGUCUUUGCCCCAUGGACCAGUGUGUAUGUGUGGAGCGGGAGUUGGAAAAGGUGCUGCACAAGUUCCUGAUGUAUGGACAACACUGUGAUCGCAGCCUGGAGGAACUGCUACACUAUGUCAGCGGCCUCAGACAAGAGCUGUCCAAUACAGGCCACCUUGACCUGCAAUUAUCUGCAACAUUGUCAUUGGUUAUGUCACAGUGUUGUAAGAAGAUAAAGGAUACAGUUCAGAAGUUGGCCUUGGAUCACAAAGAUAUCCACGCGAGUGUUUCUAAAGUGGGGAAGGCGAUCGACAGAAACUUUGACACGGACGUGAGUGGAGUGGGCGUGGAAGGUGUCUGGGAUUUGCACGAAAAGCAGCAGUUCCUGAGCGAGGUUGUGGUGGGACAUUUGUACAGACAAGGUUUGCUGAGCGUGGCAGAGGAACUGUGUCAGGAAUCUGGAAUAUGCAUUGACCUCUGUCAGAAGAAACCCUUCCUGGAGUUGAACCGGAUCCUGGAGGCCCUGCGGCUCCGAGAUUUGAGGCCAGCACUGGAAUGGACGAUGUCAAACCGGCAGAGGCUGCUGGCUCUGAACAGCACGCUGGAGUUCAAACUGCACCGCUUGUAUUUCAUCAGCCUCCUGACAGGUGGAAUCGUAAACCAAACAGAGGCACUGGGAUAUGCCAAGAACUUCCAGCCCUUUGCACAACAGCAUCAACGAGACAUCCAGGUGUUGAUGGGAAGCCUGGUUUACCUGCGACAUGGCAUUGCAAACUCCCCAUAUCUCCAUCUGCUGGAUUCAACUCAGUGGGCGGACAUCUGUGACAUCUUCACCAGAGAUGCUUGUGCUCUCCUGGGUCUUUCAGUAGAAUCUCCUCUCAGUGUCAGCUUUUCUGCUGGAUGCCUAGCGUUACCGGUUCUCCUGAACAUUAAGGCUGUGAUUGAGCAGCGACAGUGCACUGGCAUCUGGAGCCAGAAGGAUGAGCUGCCGGUUGAGAUUGAGCUGGGCAAGAAGUGCUGGUACCAUUCUGUGUUUGCCUGUCCCAUCCUCCGGCAACAGGCCACCGAAUCCAACCCUCCGAUGAAACUCAUCUGCGGCCACGUGAUCUCCAGAGAUGCUUUGAACAAGCUGAUCAACAGUGGGAAAUUGAAGUGCCCCUAUUGUCCGAUGGAGCAAGCACCCUCUGAUGCAAAGCAGAUCUAUUUCUGAGGACCAUGUUUGAACUCUGAGGACAAUACACCUCCUGUUGGAGAAGAGCUAUAACUAGGGUGUGUCUGUUUAAUUGUGGCCAACCUAGACCACUGGAUGGUGUAAAUGUGAUUUGCCGUGGAGCGAGCUGUAGGGGAUUGGAGCAGAAGUCCCUGCCCACCCAGCCACUGUGGGAUCUGCACCAUGUUUGCACUAGUAUGGAACCUGGAAUAGCCAUUAAUUCCUAUCUAAUGUUUUCUUUGUCCCACUUGCAAAUGCUUAGCAACUAUCAGGUAGUUUAAGUACAAAUGCAGUUCUAAUCUGUUGCCAUCUCAUUUUGACAGCACCCAUUAUAAAGCCUUUGCUGUGGAGUAGUUCUAUGUCAGUGGAGUUCCAGUGACUUAACUGCUGUCCACUGACACUGUUGUAAAACAAAUGGUGUGUAAAUUAUGUGACUUCCCCAUGUUCCAGUUGUGCCACUAAUUAGAUAAUGUUGAUCACAGAACACUUGGUCCUCAACCCCCAUCUUCCAACCUCCCUCACUCCGUCAUGUCCCCAGAUCUGGAUGAUCUGUACAGUACUAUUCAUAGCUGGAGUUUUAAUGAUAUUGAAAGUUCAUGAGGUGCUUUUGAUAUUUCUGAGGGCAUGGAUGAGUAAUGAAACAAGAUGACAUGGAUCACAUCGGAUACAUCUGUUCUCUUCCCUGAAAUAGCCCAUUUCCUUCACAAACAGACCCAUAACACAUUUAAUGUCAAACCCUGUCUAUAGCUGGGUAUAUUGAUACCUUAGUCUUUAUGGACUGUAGUGAUGACAACCUCUAGCUGUGCUCACAUUUAUAUCUAGGGCUGAAGUGGUUGUUCCUAAACUGAGGAAUGAGAGAAGUUGCAUCCAUUUUGAGCGGUGCCUUGGUCAGGGUGAGUUUGCCUGUGACCACCAUGCUCAUUGUGGGUUUGGCUCUUGUGUUGCCCUGGGGUCAUUUUGUGCAUCUGCCAAUGCCCAGCUUGGACUGCAGGGUGAGAGUGCUUGUAAUUGCAUUGUCCCCCUGACUGGAUGACAAUCCCUUGGUUAGAGACAAGGUUGGAGGCUCCACAGCUGUGAUGGCUAUUCAUUGAUUUUUCAGGUCAGCUUUUAAAAUUGAUGUUUUAUUUAUAAUUCUACUUAAUCUUUUUUACAAUUACCCCUGGUUUAGUUGCUAUAUGGCCCUGUUAUCUGUGCCAUUGCAAAUAUUUGUUUUCCAUGACAUAUCAGCAAAACUGCUUAUUGCACUGGUUUUAAAUGAAUAGCAAGUCAUGACCUUCGACCCAUUGCUUGUAACUGCAUCAACGAACAUGUUCUGUUAAUUAUGGAGGGAAAUAAUUGCUUGUUUUCUUUCAACAUGAUAAACAGUCUAGUUUGCAGUUAGUUAUAAAAGCCUGUUAUACCUCAGAGUAGCGCCACUUACUGUUUGGUUAGCCAUUGGUUAGCCAUUGGUUAGCCAUUGGUUAGCCAUUCGUUAGCCAUUGGUUAGCCAUUGGUUAGUCAUUGGUUAGCCAUUGGUUAGACAUUGGUUAGCCAUUGGUUAGCCAUUGGUUAGCCAUUCGUUAGACAUUGGUUAGCCAUUGGUUAGCCAUUGGUUAGACAUUGGUUAGCCAUUGGUUAGACAUUGGUUAGCCAUUCGUUAGACAUUGGUUAGCCAUUGGUUAGACAUUGGUUAGCCAUUGGUUAGCCAUUCGUUAGCCAUUCGUUAGCCAUUCGUUAACCAUUCGUUAACCAUUCGUUAGCCAUUUCACAGAAUGGGAGUGAAGAGAAUCAGUUUGGUCAAAAGGAUGAAGUUCAUUUAUAUGCAGUUUCAUCUGGAGCCUCGGUCAGACUAAUCGGCAGAAACUCUGGUAAACAGAUGUUUUUGCCUCUCAGUUUGUCUCAUAAGAACCUGACGGAACCUGCUGCACUUGUUUUAACUUCUGAAUACUUUUACUGGAUGUUAACUUUAAUGUUGUUCCCUUUUAUGAAGAUUUUUGAUUCCUUUAUCUUUCCCACCCUACGCUACCCAACUGCCUCAGAGCCCUAAGGCAAAGACUGUCCUUCCAUGGAAUGAUCACCCCUAUGGUCAGCUCCUGCUCACAUCCCUCUAAUGAAAAUGCCGAUAAGAUGGAUAACAGAAGUAGAACUCGUUAACUUGACAAGGUGGGAGGCUGAUGCAAACAACAGGGUUUCUCUAGGUUUUGAAUGUAUUCAGCAUCACUCAACAAUUGUUAAAGCCUUCACAAGUAUUGUGAAAAUCAUUGGUGAUAGAUAGGACAGUGCAGCCCAGAGUCUGGCCAACACACAGGCCUAGUUUGUUAAGAGAUGUUGAAUUUAAUAAUGGAUGGUGUGGCUGAUAAACAAUGUGUGGGAAACAUAGUUCUUAAACUAUGCUCAGGUUUUUACUUGGAAGAAGAAGAUACAUUUUCCUGCUGCCAUGGCAGUGGUGAGUGACAACACCUUCUACAUUCUCACUUUGUAUUUGUGUGAGGAAAAUAAACCCAGAAUGCUCUAAUUCAUGAGGUUUUAUUUAUCCCAGCUUGCUUGUCACAAGUCCUCCACAAAACUAGAGAAAUGCAAAGGAAAGGUGAGAGAAUACAAUGCAAUCUGCAGUUGGGGAGCUUGAUGCCCCCAGCAGUUUAGACUGUUACAUGACUUUUAAUUUUAUUACCCAUAAUAUAAUUUAUGUUAUAUAACAAAUGUUUAAUAAAUAUGUUGAAGUGAUUAAA